GAGUCCCGAGUUGCACUGUCACUUUCCUCUCUCCUCCUCCUCAUCAAAACAUUCAGCUGAUUCCACAGUAGAGCAGAGCGUGUGUGUGAGAGAGAGAGAGGGUGAAGGGCCGUCGGUGGAUCGCCCGGAGCAGUCGCCGUUUCCGAGCUCGGAUGAAGUGAUGGCGAAUUAGGGCUCCGAGCUGCUGCAUUCUCAGAUUGAUAUAUACGUAAGGUGUGGUUUUCUCUACUUCUCUUGAGCAAUGGGAAGAACUCCGGGGAAAUGGUUCAAGACUUUGCUUGGAAAGAGAUCGUCGAAGUCUAACGUGCUGAAGGAAAAAGAUGUUCUGAAUUCUGCAAAUAGAGGAGAAGACUUGACCCCUUCCAAGGGUCUGCUGACAGAAAUAGCAAAUCCUCCUUUGAGUUCAUUGCCAGUUCCUGGAACAAAUGCCACUAAUGAAAUAAAUUUAGAAAAUGCUGUAGCGGGGAAAGUACCUGAUAAUGCUGAUACUCUUUCAUCGAGAAAUGGCAGUGAUGAACAGACAGUGGUAUGCUUGAGUUCACUGGAUGAUUCUGAGAAAGUCAGACUGCAGGAGGCAGCCACGAAGGCACAAGCUGCUUUUAGAGGUUACCUGGCUCGACGUGCCUUUCGAACGCUGAAGGGCAUUGUGAGGCUGCAAGCAGUCAUUCGCGGUCAUUUGGUCCGGAGGCAAGCAAUAGCUACUUUAUUCUGCCUUCGGGGCAUUGUAAGACUUCAGAUGUUAGCUCGCAGUAGAAGGGGAUAUAAACCAUCUAAUCCUGUCGGAAAGCAUGGUGAGAAACUCUGGAAAAAUGCUUUUAUUCAGAAGCUUCUAGCUCCAUCUCCUUCUGCUAUGCCCCUUCAUUAUCAAUACAGUCCUGGUGACCCGAACUGUGAGUGGGAGUGGCUCGAACGCUGGACUAGGUCUCGUUUUUGGGAAACCAUUUCUCAGCCAAAGAAAAACUCUCAUUCAAAGUCGCAGGCAAAGCACCACAAUGCAGAAAUUGAUCAAGGCAGGCCCAAACGAAGUGUCCGCAAACUACCUAGUUUGAAUCCUGACAUUGGAUCGAGUCGCUCAUCUUCGCAGUCAGAUAAAAUCAAGCGAAACACAGGGAAAAUAUCACACAAUGCGGGAGAUUCAGUUAAAGAGAAUUCUCAAACUGAGACUCAGAAAAGCAAACUCGUUGCCAGAAAAACUCAUGCUCUUGCAAAGGGUGUUGCUGACCAGGGAGAGGCUGAUAGCAAGAAAUCAAGGCAAAGUUUAGGAAAGGUCGCGGGAGCUACUGCAUCAGAUGCAGUGGAGCAAGUAAUUAGUGAUUUAGCUGAGGCUGUUAAUGAGACAGGAAUGGACGGUGCAACACCUAAGAGAACUUUGAGACCUGCUGAUAUGGUGGAUGCAGUUGAUGAAUUGCAUGAAAAAUCUCUACCCCAGUUGAAUAUUUCGGAGAGCAAUGGUAAUGCUGAGAAGGAGUUGAAUUCUAAUGAUGGCAGCGUGAGCAACGAGAAUAAGAAGAGCAGCCAGAGAAGAGCCUCUCUCCCUGCGAAGAUUGAGCAGCAAGAGAAUGGGACCCCGAGCGCAACUAAAGUGCCCAGUUAUAUGGCUCCAACUCAUUCUGCAAAGGCUAGGCUGAGGGCACAAGGCUCCCCAAGAUUCAUCCAAGACAAUGCAGGAACAAAUGAUGGCGCCACGAGGAGACAUUCUCUUCCAUCUUCCACCAAUGGCAAGGUAACUUCGUUCUCACCGCGAGUGCAUAGAUUGGUGGAAGCAUCUGGUAAAGGAGCAAUGAAAAACGACAAGUCUCUGACGUCUUCUAGAGAUGGUGGCGAGAAGGUGAUCAAAGCAGAAUGGAAGCGGUGAUUCUCUCCAAGUUCAUGAUAUUUCGUCCCGAGUAAACACCAAAGGGGAAAAAAAAAAGGAGAUAAAAGAGAAACAAUACACUUUCGGCUACGCGACCUUUUAACAAAGAGAAGUUUCUAGUCCCAUCAGAGUUGGAAACAUCAAUAUAGAAUUAUGAGGUACCAUUUGCUGUGUGUAGUGUUUCUUUUUAGCGCAUGUUUUGGCUUAAAUGUUUGAUGUUUGAGUUUCUAUAUAUGGGACGGCUUCUGUCAUCAGGUUUGUCUGUCUUUUGAAUUUCUAAAGCUUGUAAUUAGUCAUCUGGUUUGAAUCAAAUGUUUCUGUUGUCAA